AUGAUCGGGGUGGUAAAAAUGGUCGAGAUGGCAGUUGUCCUUGCGAGCGAAGGGUCAGACUCCUUGGAUCGGGUCAAGGAGCUGGAGUCGGAGAAGGCAACUCUUGUGGCCAAAUCCUGUAAACUGAAGGCUGCUCUUGAACGCUCUGAAGAGAUGUUUCGUGAGCAGUUCGACGUGUUGUCGGGGGAGAAGGAGAGAGCCGACAAAGCUCUUGAGGAAAAAGACUGCCUCCAGCUUGAUAAGGAGCGGUUGGACAAUGACAACCAACAACUGUCGAGGGAGGUCGAAGACCUGAAGGCUAUUCUGCUGCCCGCGGAGGACGAGCCUGAAGGGAUGGCUGACUUACGCACGCAUUCUAACUUCAUCGCUCGCAUUCAACUUCUGGAGUCAGACUGUGUUGGCGCUUUGGCCGAUGGCUUUGAGUUUGCAGUGAAUCAACUGUCCGUGUUAAAUUCAGGGUUGAAUAUCGAAGGGACUAGGGUUCUAUCCCAGGUUGUCGAUGGCCGGGUUGUGCCCCCUCUUGACUCUCCUGACGUCGACGUUGGUACUCCAGGGAGUGAUUGA